AUGCAACCCUUGCCACCCAGCUCAUCAUUUAACAAAUUGAUAGACUUCGAGCAAGGACUCGUUGGGGUAAAAUGGACAGAGCGUUUGAAGCUUGAAUUUAGCGGUUUAAUUGGUAUAAAGUGCACCACCACUACGACCUCAAAACUCCUGGCCACCGCCAUCGGCCGCUCAAUAAAAUCAAUGCCAUUCCUCUCCUCCGUGUCUCGUUACCUUUUCUCACCGAUCCCACACAGACCCCUUGACUUUUCGUUCACAAAACUCCGUCCUUUCACCACAUCUUCACCGGCAGCCGAAAAGUUCUUGACCAAUUUGCUGGAAAAUAGGUCCAACACAGAAAAGGUCCUUGAAUCUGUGAAAGCUAAGCUGGAUGCUCCGUGCAUCAGUGAAGUGUUAAAAAGGUGCGCUGUUAAUGAACCCCAAUUGGGUCUCAGGGAAGCUAAAAAUGAGAAAUUGGGCUUGUGGGUGUUGAGGAAAAUGAAGGAAUUUAAUUGUAGGCCCGACACUGUAGCUUACAAUGUGGUAAUUCGGCUGGUUGUGGAAAAGGGUAGAUUAGAUGAAGCAAUGGGGUUGAUGAAAGAGAUGGGUUUGAUUGAUCUUUAUCCCGAUAUGAUCACUUAUGUUUCGAUGAUUAAGGGGUUUUGUGAUGUAGGCAGGUUGGAAGAUGCAUGCCAAUUGAUUAAGUCCAUGAAGGGGCAUGGGUGCGUGCCGAAUACAGUUGUUUAUUCGGCACUUCUUGAUGGGGUUUGUAAGCAUGGGAGUUUGGAGAACGCAUUGGAUAUUCUAGGGAAGAUGGAAAAAGAAGAUGAGGAAUGUAGGCCAAAUGUUGUAACUUAUUCGGCAGUGAUAAAGGGUUUUGUUGAGAAAGGGAGAGUGAUGGAGGCAUUAAGGGUCUUGGAUCGAAUGGAGGAUUCAGGCCUUCAACCUAAUAGGGUGACAAUUACAGCUUUGAUUGAUGGGCUAUGCAAAGAGGGGUGUGUGGAGGAUGUUCGUAAGGUUAUUGAUAGAGUUUGUGGAGGUAGUGAACAGCAUGUUAAGUUCUAUGGUUUGCUUGUUGUGUCACUAUGUCGAAUUGGCAAAACAAAAGAAGCAGAAAAGAUUUUUGGGAUGAUGAUAAUUAGUGGGAUGAAGCCUAAUGAUUUGGUUUUGAGUUCUAUCAUAAAAGCUAUAGUCUUGGAGGGACGUGCGCUAGAUGGAUUUGGUUUGUUUGAUUCACUUGAAAAUUCUGGACAUUUUCCUGCCACUGAUUCUGAAAUUUACUCAAUCAUAUUGGCUGGACUUUGCGAAAAAAGCCAUUUGGUGGAAGCUGCAAAGCUUGCUAAUCUGAUGGUCGAGAGAAGAAUUAAGCUUAAGCCUCCUUAUGUUCAAAAUAUAGUCGAAUACCUUAAGAAUUAUGGAGAAGAAGAUUUAGCUUCCCGUAUCGAUGGCAAUGGAAAUUCUCUUAUUUCGAGUUUCAUCACGUCUAGAUCAUGUCCCGACUCUGCAAAGAUUUUGAUUUCUGGGUGCCCUUCUGCUAUAUAUAGAUUCGUAGUCUUGCUUCAAAAGGAUCAACCUGAUGUGCUUUUGCACAAGAUGAAGGUCCCCAAGGCUCUUAUGAACACGAGCCAGCCAUGCCCCCAAGAACCCUUCAUCUUGGCUUGA